CUUAUGCAUAUCCAUCCGUGGGAAAGUGGUCCUAAAUCAAUCCUGAUGUAAAGACCAGUGGACAGGCUGGGGUCCACUAAAUGCCGCCACCCACUCCUUUCCUUCACACAAAGCCUGUGCGUAAUUCCAAAAAAACCAUCCAUCUCUUCCCUAGCAACUCUGUCCUGCCCCUGGUCCGCUCAAAAUCCUGCAUGUCCUCUAGAACGACAAAUGCACGUUUUUAUGUGAAUGCAUUCACGAUUUAAAGAUAAAAGCCAGGUGGAGAAGCUGCUUCGCCAUACUCACCGUUGGCGCAUUACAGCCUCCUCAAAAAGGAAAUGGUCACAUCUUGUGUAGAUGGAUUCUUAUGUAUCUUCUAAAAAUAUCCCUCCAGCGACAGCCCGGCUACAACUGCGAGCAGAAACUGGUUCUAAUCUGAGUGGCCAGUGUUUCUCGCCGCUUCCUGGCUGCAUUUGAUCCGGGGGAGAGUUAGAAGCCUUAAAUGUGUUGUGAGGGCACCGAGCUGUCAGACCUUUUGGCGAGUAAGAUUGAUCGCGCGCAGGCUUCCAGGACUCUUUGUUUGGUAUAUAAGCAACAAACUGAGAGAGGCCUACCACUUCUCCUCUUCCUCUUUCUUACUCUCCAAACCAUUUUUUGGAAAUGAAAAUACAACAUGUACUGUUUGACGAAAAACAUCCCAAAUGUGGCUUUCUAGGAUUCUGGAAGGGCUAUAAAACCACACACUGCAGGGAAGUGCCGUUCAAUAAGAAUAUACCAUUUACAUAAUAACGCUGCAAAUGGUCGAUUGUAAAUGUAACGGUGUUUGCUUCAUUGCAUUUUCAGGUAGAAUUGAUUUCUGGAAAUACAGAGGGAUGGUUUCCUCGGCAUUAUAUCUCUUGUCCUCCCAGUAAACUCUGCUAUAGCCUUGUGGGAUUCUAAUCUUAACAGCUACAUGAAAUUCUUCAAAUUAUUAAAACAAUAUUUAAACAACAAUGGAAGCUUUUGGUGAUCGAAAUAUUAGAAAAUUACCUAUCAUAUUAGAAAAAUGCUCCUUGUUUUUUUGGCCUCAUGUCUGUGGGUUUGUGCACACACAUGGACGGGGAUGACCUCGUUUCAAAAUCGAGCUUUAUUGGAAUAAACGAAAAACGUAUGUGCUUUUAUAUCAUAUCCAAAGUGUCCAUAUUAAAGUGUAUAGUAAAACAAUGUUUAUGGGUACACAUACAUAAAAUAUGUGCGUGUUAAAUUUCGUACACAUUUAUGGACCUGAUCUGUAAAUGUUAAACAGCUGUUAUGUGUACAAAAUGGUCCGUACAUGUCAUAUCCUACUAUUAACUCAAUGGAUGGGCUUUUUAUUGCAACACAUGUCAAUGGAUGCACUUCAUAUUUCAUUAUUAUGCAUCUUUGAAAAAUCCCAUCUAUUCUGGAGUGCACACUUACUGUGCAGACUGGAUUGUUGGGGUUGGUUUCUGUCGAAAAGUCUCAAUAUCAGUUUUUGGGGUAUGUUUUUUACACAUCUAAAGCCAGACUCUUGCCUAUUUGAAUAGCUGGUGUGAAAUGUGUGUCUGUGUGUGUGUGUGUGGUGUGGGGGCGUUCUAGACUGACAUCCUCAAACAAUACGAGAAAGAGGAGUGCACGAAUCCGCGCACCCAGGCUGGGCUCCUUCCCUGUAAUAGUGAGCGUCAGCCAUUCUUAAAAAACACAUUUUGUGGCUAGUGGACUGGACUGGAAGGGCGAGAGGAGGAUAAACUGAGCGGACAAAGAUGUAAAUAAAAACAGUCGUCCCCCAGCUGAGCGAGGCGUUCUUCAUCAGAGUUUUUGGAUCAAUCAGGCAGACAGUGGCUCCUUUUGAUUAAACCCCAAAUUGUCAUUGGGCAGAGGUAAUCAUGUGACAGGCAAUUCGGUCCAAUUUCAACCUUGUCUCCAUGAAUUCAAUAGUUUAAUAGUAGCUCGGUCCCCAUACUGCCGUAAUCAGUGAUAUAGAAAAAACACCACCAGGAGAUUUUUUUAAAUGAUUUUUUCUUUCUCGUCCUCAUUGAGCCGCAACAUUUAUAAAAAUACGCGUGCAAACUUUCCUCGGCUCUCAGGGAGUGGAGAUGAAUUACGAAUUCGAGCGAGAGAGCGGUUUUAUCAAUAGUCAGCCGUCGCUUGCUGAGUGCCUGACAUCUUUCCCCCCUGUCGCUGAUUCAUUUCAAAGUUCAUCAAUCAAGAGCUCGACGCUUUCACGCCCGACACUGAUUCCUCCUCCCUUUGAGCAGACCAUUCCCAGCCUGAAUCCGGGCAGCCAUCCGCGGCACGGCCGGCCCAGACACAGCCCUGACGGAUGCAGCUCGCUGCCCACAGCCUCUCUACCCCCGGAGUACCCCUGGAUGCGGGAGAAGAAAGCCUCCAAGCGGAAUCACCUGCCGACUUCCACCGCGACCACCAUCUCCAAUGGACCUGUGUGUUUUUCCCCAAAAGACUCGCCUGAGAUGGUGGAGAGCGGAGGGGGAGGAGGGGGCUCCCGGCGGCUGAGGACCGCGUACACCAACACACAGCUGCUGGAGCUGGAGAAGGAGUUCCACUUCAACAAGUAUCUUUGCCGGCCGAGGAGAGUGGAAAUAGCGGCCCUGCUGGACCUGACCGAGCGACAGGUCAAAGUCUGGUUCCAGAACCGGCGCAUGAAGCACAAGCGACAGAACCAGAGCAAGGAGAACCACAACGGGGAGGCGAAAGGGCCGGGGGCCGAGGACGACCUCCACAGCGACGACGAGGAGGACGAUGAGGGCCCCAUGUACGAGAGGAGCGGGGCCCUGCUGGAGAGAGAUACCUGCUCCUUUCAAAAUAACUCACUGAGCUCCAUACAGCAGCUCCACAAUGGCGAGUCCAUGGGCUUUGCUGCUGCGCCGCUGAACAGCAAUGACAAAAAUCUGAAACAUUUUCCCAACCCGUCACCCACUGUUCCGGGAUGCAUGUCAACAAUGGGCCCAGGCUCGGCAUCUGGCCCGGACAAUGGCGACAGUCCCCCGGCCCUGGAUGUUUCUAUACACGACUUUCAACCUUUCUCCUCGGAUUCCUGCCUACAGCUCUCCGAUGCAGCUUCGCCGAGCCUGUCAGAGUCUCUGGAUAGCUCCGUGGACAUUUCUACAGACAGUUUCUUUUUUUUCUCGGAGUCCCUAACUACAAUCGACCUGCAGCAUCUGAACUAUUAACUGAAAUCAAUCACACUAGCUUUCUUCCUUUCUCUCGGGACAAUACAUAUCAGGCUGCGAUGGUAUUAACUCUGAUGUUAUUUGUAUAUUCGGCACAUUUAUUCUGUUGAUAUUUGACUUGACGAUUAAUACAAGGUAAGGAUGAAAUUAAAUCACUGAAAUGGCUCUACUCAAGACGUGACUUGUAAUUACCAUAACAAAUUGAUCUAAUGGAAUGGAAAUUACGAGUGUAUGUGAAUAAUUAUACAAUAUUAGGCCUAUGGAUCCUGGUCAUUUUAUUUUUGUAUAGCUUCCAAUGUCUUGGAUAUUUUUGUUAGAAUACAAUUAACUUGCUACAAUCCUU